AUCUCUGGCGUCCUUCCGUCUCUUUUUUGUGUUCCCUAGUCUAUCUGGGUUUCUUUAGUUUCCUUCUCCUUGUGAAUACCCCUCCACAUGGAGUAUCGCCGCCUCUCUCAAAACUUAACUUAGCGAAGCUCCCAACUCUCCACUGCCUUUAUUUUCUCACAAAGUAAAAAAACCUACCAUAGGAGUUCUACUUCCUGCUUCAUUGCAUUGAUUUCUUUGAAAGUUCUGGCAUGGUCGAGGGUAGGAGACAGUUGGAGUGGCGCUUGCCUUAAUCCCUGGAUGAGCAAUUAGGAAUCUAAUGAAAAGAGAAGUGAUACAUGGAGAAAUAGGAUAUGGGGAAGCUAAUAAAGUUAAGGAAAAUAGUGGAAAAACGAUCUUUAUUUGAAAACACCAAGGGUUUUAACAUACUAAUUAUAUCUAAUCUUUGAAAGCAAAAUACAAGAUAACCUCCAUGUUAGCAUCCAUUUUUGAGAGUGGUAACGAGGGCAUGGAUAUGACCAAGGAAGCUCCAGAAGUACCCUCAUCACGGAAAAGAAAAGUGAGACAAAGAAAUAGGAGGAGAAAUAAUCAACAGGAUAGUGAUCCAGCUCAUAAACAGGCUGAGGAAGGUGGCUUACCAAGUACUUAUAAUUUGAAUAAUGUCUCAACUGUAUGCUUAUCAGAUGAAAGAAACAGAGAAGCAGUUUUUUUAUCAGAUAAUGGUGAAACAAAACUUGUGAACAAGGGCAUGGAAACAAGCACGGAGUCUCUAGAAGUACCUUCUUUGCGAAAAAGAAAAGCAAGAAAAAGAAGCAAGAGGAGAAAUAAUCAACAGGAUAGUGAUCCAGCUCAUAAGCAGGCUGAGGAAGGUGGCAUGGUGAUAACUCAUAAUUUGAAUAAUGUCUCAACUGUAUCUUUAUCAGAUGAAAGAAACAGAGAAGCGGUUUUUCUAUCAGAUAAUGGUGAAACAAAACUUGUGAACAAGGGCAUGGAAACAAUCAAGGAGUCUGUAGAAGUACUGUCUUUGCAAAAAAGAAAAGCAAGAAAAAGAAGCAAGAGGAGAAAUAAUCAACAGGAUAGUGAUCCAGCUCAUAUGCAGGCUGAGGAAGGUGGCAUGCUGAGUACUUGUAAAAUGAAUAAUGUCUCAACUGUAUGUUUAUCUGAUGAAAGAAACAAAGAAGCAGUGUUUUUAUCAGAUAAUGGUGAAACAAAACUUGUGAACAAGGGCAUGGAAACAAGCAAGGAGUCUCUAGAAGUACCUUCUUUGCGGAAAAAAAAAGCAAGAAAAAGAAGCAAGAGGAGAAAUAAUCAACAGGAUAGUGAUCCAGCUAAUAAGCAGGCUGAGGAAGGUGGCUUGCCAAGUACUAAUAAUUUGAAUAAUGCGUCAAUAUCACAUGAAACAAACAGAGAAGUUGCUUUGUUAUCAAAUAGUGGUAAAACAGAACUUGUGAACAAGGGCAUGGGAACAACCAAGGAGGCUCCAGAAGUACCUUCUUUGCAAAAAAGAAAAGCAAGACGAAGAAACAGGAGAAGAAAUAAUCAACAGGAUAGUGAUCCAGCUCAUAUGCAGGCGGAGGAAGGUGGCAAGCUGAGCACUUAUAAUUUGAAUAGCGUGUCAACUGUAUGUUUAUCAGAUGAAACAGACAGGGAAGUGGUUUUUUUAUCAGAUAAAGGUGAAACAAAACUUGUGAACAAGGGCAUGGAAACAACCAAGGAGGCUUCAGAAGUACCAUCUUUGCAAAAAACAAAAGCAAGACGAAGAAACAGGAGGGGAAAUAAUCGUCUGGAUAGGGAAACAUGUUCUGCUUCUCUUGCUAUUCGUGGCAAAGAGAAUGUACCCCCUGAGAGUUUAUCUUGCUUACUAGAAAUAACACCCAUAUGUCUUGUGAGGAAAAAACUACUUAUUCUUGAUAUAAAUGGGGUGCUUGUGGAUAUAGUGUCACCUCCUCCAAAGGGCCAUAUAGCAGAUAUAAAGAUUGCAAAAAAAGCAGUUUUUAGAAGACCCUUUUGCUUUGAUUUUCUAAAGUUCUGCUUUGAGAGAUUUGAAGUGGGCGUUUGGUCCUCAAGAACUAGGAAGAAUGUUGAUAGAGUGGUUGAGUUUGUGAUGGGAGAUAUGAAGAAAAAGUUGCUGUUUUGUUGGGAUCUAUCCAAAUGCACUGCAACACAGUUCUGUACUCUAGAAAACAAGCAUAAACCCUUGGUUUUUAAGGAACUGAGGAGAAUUUGGGAAAAAGAUGAUUCUGAACUUCCAUGGGAGAAGGGAGAUUAUAGUGAAUCAAAUACGAUGUUAUUGGAUGAUUCUCCUUACAAAGCCUUGCUUAAUCCUGCACACACUGCAAUCUUCCCUUAUCCGUACCAGUUUCAGAACAGCAAUGAUAAUUCUUUAGGUGCUGGAGGUGAUCUAAGGGUUUAUCUGGAAGAAUUGGCAGCAGCUGAUAAUGUGCAGGAAUUUGUAGAACACCACCCAUUUGGUCAACGAGCUAUCUCUCAAAGAAGUCCGAAUUGGGGCUUCUUCCUCAAGGCUAUCAGAUCAGUGUGUCCUGUACAAGUGACAAGAUAACGUGAGUCUCUGCUAACAUUCAGUAUGGUUUCGCUAGCUCAAUAUUUAGAGAGCACGGGAGAAAGAACAGGGCAUGGCUUUCAUCAAGGUUUCAAAUUGCUAACUAGGAAUCAAAUGAGUGACUUUUUUCCUAAAUUAGCUUCAAGAAUAGAACAGGUCGAUUCUUUAUAUUUUUUGAAAAAGGGGUUUUUCAUUUUGAGAAGGUUUUAUGAGCUCUAAUUAUCAUGACUAAAUAGUAUUUGUGAGACCAAAUUUUGAUAUGGUAUGUGAAAUUUACGUUGUAUUUUAUAGCA